CUCACCCUUCUCACCUUCUCUUCUCUUCCUUCCAUUUAUUCCAACUAUAGUCUUUUGCUCUCCUUCCAUUCUACACAAUGACUAACUUCAAGUGGAUCAUUGCAGUGGCCGGCCUCCUGUCUGGACAGGCCCUGGCUGCUCCUACUGCCACCACCCACGCUAAGCGUGCCACUGUCAGCGACAGUGCUUUCGGCUACGCCAGCCUGAACGGCGGCACCACCGGUGGAUCCGGCGGCACCACGACGACCGUCUCCUCGUACGCGGCCUUCACUUCGGCGGUCAGCAGCGACGACAAGAAGGUGGUGUAUGUCAGCGGCACCAUCAGCAAGACGGCCGACCAGGUCAAGGUGGGCAGCAACACCUCGAUCAUCGGCAAGGACGCCAACGCCAUCCUGGAGGGAUUCGGCCUGCUGGUCAAGAAGAAGGAGAACGUGAUCAUCCGCAACCUGGGUGUGAAGAAGGUGUUGGCCGACAAUGGCGAUGCCAUCGGUGUUCAAUACUCCAACAACGUCUGGAUCGACCACUGCGACGUCUCCUCCGACCGCGACCACGACAAGGACUACUACGACGGUCUGAUCGACGUCACCCACGGUUCCGACUACGUGACCAUCUCGAACACCUUCCUCCACGACCACUGGAAGGCCUCGUUGGUGGGCCACUCGGACAGCAACUCCGACGAGGAUACCGGCCACCUGACCGUGACCUUCGCCAACAACUACUGGUACAACAUCAACUCGCGCGGGCCCUCCUUCCGCUUCGGCACCGGCCACAUCUACAACAGCUACUACCUCGACGUCAGCGACGGCAUCAACACCCGCGACGGCGCCCAGCUGCUGGUCGAGUCCAACGUCUUCAGCGGCUCCAAGAAGCCCCUCUACUCAACCGACAGCGGCUACGCCGUCGCCAACGACAACGACUUCGGCGAUGGCGAGAACGCCGCCGACCAGGGCACUCUGACCUCCGUGCCGUACAGCUACACCCUGCUCGGCUCGAGCAAGGUUAAGAGCGCUGUUGUGGGUACUGCCGGGCAGACUCUUACUUUCUAAGCUUGUUAGCUUAGCUUAGCUUAGCUUAGCCUUGCCGGGAUGAUGAUCGGGGUUAGUUUGGGGGUAGCGGAUAGUGGUGGUGGUUUGUCAUUCUUUAAUUUCCUCACGGGUCCUGAUUCUUCAGGAUCUUUUUCUUUUAUCCAAUUGAGUUGGUAUUGGUG